GAAGAACGGCGCUAGCGGAGUCAAACUCAGAAAACUUUAAGCGUAUCAAGUUUUGAUUUUACUCUAUUUUAUCCUCUAAUUCCUUCUUCUGGGUUUCUAAUUAUAAUUGAAAAAUCGAGAAGAAAACAGUUUAACAGAAUCCUUUUCACUUUGUCUUCUAGAAGCAGAACAACAGAUCCCCUCUUUUGUGUUUGGGAGACUUUUCUCCCUCGCUUCUUUGCUUUUCCUGGUUUGUUACCUUUUGUUAUUUGCUAUUUGUUGUUGCCUCCCAUAGUCCCAUUACGACCUUUCCACGAUUCUCGCAUUCGCCGGCGGCCCUCUUCUCUUCCUUUGUCUUUCCCUCUCUUCAGCUCUAUCUCUCCUUCGUCGGCGGCCCUCUUCUCUUCCUUUGUCUUUCCCUCUCUUCAGCUCUAUCUCUCCUUCGUCAUCAAAAUCCUUUCUUUCCUUCUCAGUUCCUUGUCUUUCACCCUUACACAAACAAAGCAAAAAAGGCAACCCAAGCAGCAAGGCAAGGUACGGCACGGCACGACCAAUCUCUCUCUCUUUAUUUUCCAGUCAGAAGACUACCGGAACUGCAAUACAGGUCUCUAUCUAUCUAUCUCUCUAAGUCUUUGGCUUGUCUUUUCUCUUAGAAACUGUAAAAUUAGAAAAACCCAGAUGGGUUUCUGUUCGAAAUUGUAAAAGAAGAAAAACCCAUAUAGAGAGAGAAGAAUCAAAUACUAUUUUCUCUGUUCUGGUCUCCAUUGUAUUCUGGGUUCUUAGUCUUGUCACUGCUGCUGCUAGUUGCUAAUUGAUGCGGGAGGGAGGGGGGUAUUCAGUUUUAGUUCGAGAUCAAAUUUGUUACUUCAUGAAUUUGCUGUCAACGAGGCUUUUGAUCUUCGGAUCAUGACCUCUGAACGGCCUCUAUUGAUUCUCUCACCUCAAACUCCAACCGCCCUAGAACGGAUUAUAUCGAUACCCUGCUUCUCCGAUCUAUCUAAAUCUGUCCGUUAUAGGCCCGUUGCGAUUUCUGCAAUGGAUCAGCCAUACCCAGCUGAUGAUCAACACUGCCCUGGCACCCCCGUCAGAAAGUCUUCGUCUUCUGUGCGAAGUGUGUCUUUCCAAUUCAAGGACUCUAUUAGGAGCUCUGUUGGUGAUGGUAUUUCUCCUGUGUCUAUCCAAUUCAAGGACUCUGGUAGGAGCUCUGUAGGUGAGGGUAAUUCUCCCUCUAUGGACAGCUAUGGGCCGUCGGGAUCCAAAGCUGUGAGGUAUGGAUCGAGGGGUGCUGAAGCUGAGGGGUAUAGCUUGUCUCAGAAGGAGAUCAACGAUGAUGAUGCGAGGUUCGUCUACAUCAAUGAUCCUGAGAAGACAAACGAGAAGUUCGAAUUUACAGGGAAUUUGAUCCGAACAAGCAAGUAUUCUCUCCUCACCUUCUUACCCCAAAACCUAUUUCAACAAUUCCACCGAGUUGCGUAUAUAUAUUUUCUUGCAAUUGCCGUCCUCAACCAGCUCCCUCAGCUGGCCGUUUUUGGUAGGGGAGCAUCAAUCAUGCCAUUGGCCAUUGUCCUUCUCGUUACGGCUAUUAAGGAUGCAUAUGAGGACUGGAGGAGGCAUCGGUCUGAUAGGAUUGAGAACAACCGUUUGGCAUCAGUUCUUGUCAAUGGACAGUUUCAACAAAAGAAAUGGAAGGACAUCCGGGUUGGGGAGAUCCUCAAGCUCUCCUCUAAUGAGACUCUUCCCUGUGACAUGGUAUUGCUAUCCACCAGUGAUCCCACGGGGGUUGUUUACAUUCAGACUCUCAAUUUGGAUGGUGAAUCGAAUUUGAAGACCCGAUAUGCGAAGCAGGAGACCCUGUCGAAGAUGCUUGAGAAGGAUUCUAUCUGUGGACUGAUCAAGUGUGAGCGCCCCAGUAGGAACAUUUAUGGUUUCCAGGCAAACAUGGAGAUUGAUGGGAAGCAGGUGUCUCUCGGGCCCUCCAACAUUGUUCUUCGUGGUUGUGAUAUCAAGAACACAGCUUGGGUGACCGGAGUUGCAGUCUAUGCUGGCCGAGAGACCAAGGCAAUGCUCAACAGCUCCGGAUCACCAUCAAAGAGGAGCCGGUUGGAGACCCUUAUGAACCGGGAGAUCUUAUACCUCUCAGCCUUUCUUGUUCUCUUGUGCGCAAUAGUUUCCGUCUGUGCUGGGUUUUGGUUGUAUCACUAUCAAAAUGAGCUUGAAAUCAUCCCUUUCUACAGAACGUUUGACUAUGCUACAGGGGAAAAUUACAAUUACAAUGGAAAAAUUCUGCAGAUAUUCUUCACAUUCCUCAUGUCAGUCAUCGUGUUCCAGAUCAUGAUCCCCAUCUCACUCUACAUUUCAUUGGAGCUAGUCCGCCUCGGCCAGGCCUACUUUAUGAUCCGAGAUGGAAGACUGUAUGAUGAGAAGUCAAAUUCAAGGUUUCAGUGCAGGGCAUUAAAUAUAAAUGAAGAUCUAGGACAGAUAAAGUAUGUCUUCUCGGACAAAACUGGGACAUUAACUGAGAACAAGAUGGAAUUUCAAUGUGCCAGCAUUGGGGGAGUAGAUUACAGUGGUGGAAGAGCUGCACGACCAGAGGAAAAUGAAUAUUCUGUCCAAGUGGAUGGACAGGUAUUGAGGCCAAAGAUGACUGUGAAGCCCGGCCCAGACCUCCAAUGGCUUCUAAAAAAUGGCAAGACAACAGAGGAAGGAAAAUAUGCUUAUGAUUUCUUCCUUGCCCUUGCUGCUUGCAAUACAAUUGUGCCUCUGAUUGUGGACACAACGGAUCCUUCUCUGAAGUUAGUAGAUUAUCAGGGUGAGUCUCCAGAUGAGCAGGCUUUAGUUUAUGCCGCUGCCACAUACGGUUUCAUGCUCAUAGAACGAACCUCCGGUUACAUAGUUAUUGAUGUUCAAGGAGAAAGGCAAAGGUUCGAUGUUCUGGGUAUGCAUGAGUUUGAUAGUGAUCGGAAAAGAAUGUCUGUUAUAGUUGGUUGCCCUGACAAGACUAUGAAAGUAUUUGUGAAAGGUGCAGACACUUCCAUGUUUAGUGUAGUCGAUAGAUCUCUAAAUCUGGAUGUGAUUGAUGCAACUGAAAAGCAUCUCUGUGCCUAUUCUUCAUUUGGUCUGAGGACACUGGUAGUUGCAAUGCGGGAACUGAGCGGUCCAGAAUUUGAGCAAUGGCAAUCAGCCUAUGAGCGAGCAAGUACUGCAUUGAUUGGUAGAGCAAGCCUACUCCGUUCUGUGGCAUGUGAUGUGGAGAAGAAUCUCCACAUAUUAGGAGCCUCUGCAAUUGAAGAUAAGCUUCAAGAAGGUGUGCCAGAAGCCAUUGAAUCACUGAGGCAAGCUGGGAUUAAAGUGUGGGUCUUGACAGGGGACAAGCAAGAAACAGCCAUAUCAAUUGGCUACUCCUGUAAGCUCCUUACUAGUGACAUGACCAAGAUCAUAAUAAACAGUAAUUCUGUGCGAUCCUGUAAAAAGAGCUUUGAAGAGGGAAAGGCAAUGUCCAAGAAGCUGAUGACUGUGCCUGCAGACACCCAUACUGAAGGUGUUGGACCUGAAAGAGCCCCCCUCGCUUUAAUCAUUGAUGGUACAAGCCUUGUUCAUAUUCUUGACACUGACCUUGAACAAGAGCUGUUCGAAUUAGCUACUGUAUGCUCUGUGGUUCUCUGUUGCCGAGUGGCCCCCAUGCAAAAAGCUGGAAUAGUAGCUCUCAUAAAGAAAAGGACAGAAGACAUGACCCUUGCUAUUGGAGACGGUGCUAAUGAUGUUGCAAUGAUCCAAAUGGCUGAUGUGGGAAUUGGCAUCAGCGGCCAAGAGGGCCGGCAGGCUGUCAUGGCAUCAGAUUUCGCAAUGGGGCAGUUCAGAUUCUUAGUUCCACUUUUAUUGGUCCAUGGACAUUGGAAUUACCAGCGUAUGGGCUACAUGAUAUUAUACAACUUCUAUAGAAAUGCGGUUUUUGUUCUUGUCAUGUUUUGGUAUGUGCUAUACACUGCCUACACGUUAACAACUGCAAUCAAUGAAUGGUGUAGUAUGUUGUAUACUAUUCUCUAUACAUCCUUGCCUACAAUUGUUGUUGGGAUUCUUGACAAGGACUUGAGUAGGCGGACCCUGAUGAAAUAUCCUCAACUUUAUGGACCGGGCCAGAGAGAGGAGUGCUACAACAAGAAAUUGUUCUGGCUUACAAUGAUGGAUACUGUGUGGCAAAGUGCUGCUAUGUUCUAUGUCCCUUACUUUGCUUAUAGGGACAGCACUGUAGAUGGAUCAAGUAUAGGAGAUCUAUGGACCAUUUCAGUGGUGAUUGUAGUUAAUAUCCACUUAGCCAUGGAUAUAAUACGUUGGUCAUGGAUUAACCAUGCGGUCAUCUGGGGAACUAUACUUGCAACGUGCAUUUGUAUCAUGAUUCUCGAUGCUAUUCCCGAAUUACCGGGUUAUUGGGCCAUCUUCCAUCUUGCAACGACGAGUGUGUUUUGGUUUUGUUUACUUGCCAGUACAGUAGUAGCUUUAGUUCCUCGUUUUGUUGUUAAGAUUCUUAGUCAAUAUUUGAGUCCAACCGAUACUCAGAUUGCAAGAGAGGCUGAGAAGUUUGGGGAUCAAAUGGAGUCUGUAGAUGCAGAACUUGAAAUGAACCCAAUCCGGGAUUCUCCACAGGAGAUGCCAAGGUGAUUUUUCCUUUGCAUCUGCUCCUUUAUUCUUUUGUUAAUUUAUGUAUAGUAUCAUAUUCUUUAGGCUGCUUCAACUUUGCAGUGCAGUCUUUCCAUUUUCAGGCUCUCUCUAUCCAAAGGAUAGAUUUUGUGAUAUUAUUAGCAAUGUAUCUUAAACAUUAUUAAUUUUUUUACACGUAAAUGUGAAUCAGAAGUUC